GGUCAUUCAAUACCAAUAACAGGUGAUGCGGUUCGUCGUUUCAUUAUCAACGCUGACGGUAGUUUAGCGAUUAAGCAAGUUGGUCCGGACAACAUUGGCCUUUAUACGUGCACGAUUAGAGUGGCAAAUCAAGAGCAAAGUAUAUCUGCAUGGCUCAGGAUUAUUGAAAAACCAUCGAUGCCACAAAGUGUUUUCGCUGAAUUAUUGAACGAGACAAUACCGGCAAAGGUUCGGGUUUGGUGGCGUGAAGGUUUCGACGGUAAUUCGCCGUUGAUUAAACAUAUUGUACAAAUGAGAAGUAUUGGUCCGACGGGUUUGUGGUCCGAUUGGGAAACAAUUAUUGAUAAUGUACCAUCGGAACUGUGUUGCAGUACAGUUUGCGUCCUCUUUGCAGAUAAUCUAAAGCCAUCGUCAACCGUCGAGUUUCGAAUAGUUGCUGUGAAUCGGCAUGGUGCCGGCAAGCCGUCAUUGCCAUCCAACAACGUCACUCUUCCACAACAACCACCUGCGGCUGCACCUCGCAACGUUGCCGCAAGUGCAAGAAGUUGGUCGUCAAUAAUGGUUCAGUGGCAACCACCACCAUCCGAGCAAUGGAACGGUGAUAUUUUGGGUUAUAUAAUUCGCUAUCGUCUAGCGAAUUAUGCCGGCUUACCGUGGCUGGAGAAGAACGUCAGUAAUGGUCAUGCGAGGAAUAUCCCGCUAGAACAUUUGAUAACAUGGCGUGAAUAUGAGAUACAAGUGUGUGCUUAUAAUGAUCGUGGUAUGGGUGUCUUCAGUAAACCACUUUAUGUGACCACACUCGAAGGAGUACCCACCCAAGCUCCAUCCGAUAUUCGAAUAAAAAUAAUCAACUCGACAGCAUUGGCAGUCUCAUUUGUACCGCCAGACCAGCAAAUGAUUCCAGGCGUUAAUCAAGGUUAUAAGGUCAGUUUAGUGUUGACGAUGAAGAGAACGUGCCUACCAAUGGGUCGUCGUUUGGCCUUGCAUGAGGAAUUAAUGGCACAGGGGCCAUCUGAGUCAAUGAACAAUUACAAUCCUUUUAUUGAACUAUGGAAAGGUGGAAUAAGCCCAACGAAAUUGUAUCGACAAAUCCGUGUGUUGCCCGAUCAGCAGAAUAUCACGACCGUGAUUGGUGGUCUGGAGAAGUUCGUGCCGAGUGCUGUUGAAUCGAUUAAUUUCGACAUGGUUCUUUCAAAUUCCGCUGUCGUCUUAUGGAAUCCUCCAACUGAAUCAAACGGAAUUAUAACAAAGUAUACGGUGCGAUAUUGGGAGGAUUCAAACUCGUCAAAGAAGAGGGCCAAAGAAGUGAGGCCGGACACACAUGAGGUGACGCUGGAUGAUCUGAACGCAUCAACCCGUUAUACUGUCGACGUACAGGCUUGGACAAAAGUUGGGGCAGGACCGAGGACAGAGGGACAAUUACCCGGUCGCGCUUCAUCGCUGAUUGUAACAGAUGUACGUGCGAGAAGUGUCAACCUGCAGUUCGUGCCUGGAUUCGACGGUCACACGUUGAUUCGUAAAUGGAUUGUUGAAGCAAAAGUGGCUUCUUCAUCGAUAUUUGUCGCCAUUUUCAACAUUAGUGCGCCCAAAGCACGAUCGUUCACCGUGAAAGGCCUGAGACCAUACACAAAGUAUCAGUUACGGCUGAUCGCCGAAAACAUACGUGGUCGUGGCGCACCAUCGGAGCCAUCUCGAGAAUUUGACACUAAACAAUCGGAACCUGAAAUUGCACCCGAGAAGGUAUUUGCUGAACCGCAUUCGUCGACGUCAGUCGCUGUCUCAUGGUCACCUCUUCAUCCAACCCAAUGGAAUGGUGAACCAAGAGGAUAUUUAAUUGUGUUUCGGAACAGUGAUCAACAAAAAUGGCAUGAAAUGCGAACAUCGAACAUAAAAGAAAGCGAUUUCAUCCUAUCUGAACUGCGACCGUUUACCGAUUACGAAGUUCGUUUGGUGGCUGAGAAUUCGUUGGGUCGGAGUAAUUUCUCGGCAAGUGUGUUCGCGAAGACGUACGAAGACGUUCCAUCGGGUUCGCCAUCAAAUGUUCAAGCAACGGUUGAUAGUCAUCGACGAGCUGUAGUAUCGUGGAAUGCCCUAAAAGGUCGUGCGACGAAUGGUGUUAUUCUGGGAUAUAAGGUUCGUGUUGUGCCUGAAGAAGAGCGACUGAGAGGUGAAUUUACUCGAACAAGUGAUGUAAGUGACGACACGGCCGUAUUGCAGACCGUAUUCACGCAGUUGAGGCCAUUCACUGCUUACCGAGUUUAUGUGUCUGCUUAUACGAUUGUCGGUCAAGGACCUGAAAACAAAUCAGCACCCCUCAUACAAACUGGAGAAGAUAGUGAGGAUCAUCAUCAUGGUAAAAAAANAAAAAAACUUCAUGAAAUCAUUACAAAAACUUCAGCACCUGGUGAGCCAUAUGGGGUUGCUUUUUCCUACAUAAGUGAGAGUGAAGUACGUUUGAAGUGGAUGCCACCGCUAAAUCCAAACGGACGAAUUCUCAAAUACGAAAUCGCUUAUUGGAAGCCUGGAAUGAAGCAAGAUGCUUUGAAAAUUUUACUACCAUACAAUGUUUUUGGAUUCUCGGCCACUGGUUUACAGCCAGAGACUCGGUAUUUGUUCGCCGUCUCUGCAGAGAAUAGUAUCGGAUGGGGAUCGCAGACUGUUGUGACCGUUGUGACAACGCUAACAAGAGUACCGCCACCAUCAGCCCCACAGCCCUAUCGUAAUCCAGCACGUGUCCAGUCAUCGACGUCAAUCUAUUUGAAAUGGUCUCAUCCAUCGUUACCCGAUGAUGCGGAGGAUGCCAUCUCACCCGUUCGUUCUGUGGAUGUCGAGUAUCAAAUGCAUAAUUCAACUAAAUGGAUAUCUCUCCCAAACGCUAUACCAGCAUCACUCAAUGAAGUCACUAUCAACGGAUUGCACCCGGAUACACCAUAUCGCGCACGUAUACGUUUAGUUUGCGAUUUUGCACAGAGCAGUUGGUCACUGGAAUCGCAAUGGGUCAAAACACUUGAAGCAGGUUCGUUUUUGGAUCAUUCCAUUCAAUCGAAUCGAUCAAUUCCAACACCCUCUUCGGCACCGUCAUCCAUUCAAGCGUCACCCUACGAAUCAUCAGCACUUCUGUUACAAUGGUCACCACCACAUCGCAGCGAUUGGAAUUCGGAUAAGAUCACCUAUCGCAUUCUCUAUCGACCGUACCCUUCAAACGAAACAUUCGGCAUUGAGGACGUGACCACCACUGAAGAGACGUUACCAAGAAUGCAACAUAUUAUUCGCAGACUGCAAAGUUUCCGGCACUAUAUUGUGCAGAUGCAGACAGUGAAUGAGAAAGGCGUCAGCGAAUCAUCCACACCAGUGUUCGUCUAUGUUGGUUACUCGAUUCCGAAACGAAGAGUCACAAAUCUAGUCGCUGAACCGUUGUCAUCAACCGCCGUUCAGGUUCGUUGGGAUCCGUGGAUAGCACUUCCAGACGACGUGAUCUCUGGAUUCCGCAUACGAUACACGCCAAUCGUACCGAUUCUAUCCGAUGAACAAAACUUGGAAGAAGUGAUUGUUGCCGAGAACAAUACGGCCAGUAUUGUGGAAAUGAGAAAAUUCACUGAAUAUCAAAUCUCGGUGGUUGCUUACAAUCGUGCUGGUGAGGGAGAAGCAUCAGUGGUGAGAGUGACAACAAUGGAAGAUCGACCGGGUGUCGUUGGGCAUCUCAAAUUCUCGGAUAUUCUUCUGGACUCGGUGAAUGUUAGCUGGAUGCCACCCAGUGAGCCGAACGGCCGAAUCCAAGCUUAUAUUGUCAACUACAGAACGUUUAAACUGCGAGAGGAAUUCAAGAAAGAAGUCCAAGAGAAGACCACUGAAACGGAAAUCUUGGUUGAGAAUUUGGAAGAGAAUGUGACGUAUUUCUUCACUGUAAAAGCUGAAACAAUAGCUGGUUACGGUGAAGGAUUGACGGGUAAUGUCACAAUCGGACCAAAUCCAGGAUGUCCUGAAGCUCCAACGAAACCGAACGUUAUUCCUGGUCAAAUGUCAGUGACUCUUCAAUGGGACGACAAAUCGCAUGGCGCAUCGCUAAUCAAAGCGCACCUUAUACAGGCUAAACGAAUUGCACGCGCUAAGGACUUAGCAGUGACAAAUAAGAACUUUGUGUCUGAACGGAGCCAUCGUGCGAUUCGAUCAAAUGGUCGUGUAAGUCAUGUAAUUGGUAAUUGGGUGACAAUUGCAAAGGUUCGAAAUGCGAAACCGACCUACGAAAUCAACUAUCGGGAACUUGAACCGUCAUCACUCUAUGUUUUUCGAGUGUUCGCCGUAAAUUCGGUCGGCAUCGGAUAUGCCAGUCCUGAAACCGAACAGCUUCACGUGCCAGCUACACUACCCGAUGAACCGUUUUUCACGAAAUGGUGGUUUAUCGUAAUGAUUGCAAUGCUGACAUUUGUGGUGGUUAUUUUGGUUGUCGCACUGUUGUGCAUCACUGGGAGUCGAUAUAAGGAUGAAAAAAGAAACUCGGUAGAUUCACUUCAACUUGCUGAUGGUGGAAUUGUGAGUUAUGAGUUGAGGGCAUCGAAACGGCGAAAUUUGCAUCAUACCAGGCAUGAUCUACCGAUUCGUCCGAACACAAACACAUCGUGGAUAUCGGAUGCCCGUGAACCACCCGCAUACGGUAGCAUUGUGGAUGUGGAUUCGGCUGAUCGAACAACAACGAAUAUUUUCGGAACGCUUGCAACCGAUCUAAUGCCAUCGUCAGUGACAAAUUCAGCACGAACUGCCGGAGGGACAACCGGUACGGCUGGGUCAUCGAAUUUACUUGCGAUGGGUAUUGGACGACCGUUGUCCACAAAUACAACAUUCAUAAAUCAAGAUUCGAUGUUUGAUAGUUUCUCUGCAGACGGUGAAGGGACGCUGGAUAAUGAUGAUGAUGAAGAGGCGAGUGGAUAUAUGGAGAGAGAGACAAGUAUUGCGCAACACUACGAGCACGAAGAUGCGUAUCGAAGUACAUGGCGAAAAGCACGAGCCGAAGCGAUCGCAGAAUCCGCACCCGUGGAGAGAAUGUUACGAAAUGAAACACGAUUGCUGGCUCCGUACAAAACACUCGGAGAAGUGUGUUCGUCGAUAGCACCAGCAUUUCGAGUGCUACCCACACAACGGCGAAUCACUUCCAUUCUCUGUGCCAUCGACAAUGUCAUCGUUCAGUACUCAGCCGAACGUCUACGUCUCGUUUCGAUCAGUGACGCUCUACCUGCAACCAUCAGUUCAGUGGCUGCCGAUAAACGAUAUGUCUAUGCGGCUUGUGCUAAUCGUAUUGCUGUACUACAUUUGUCCAGACAAAUCAAACGAUGGCUAGACGUUGAUAAUCAAAUUCUUAUGAUGAUUCCAUUCGGUGAAGUGAUUAUUGUGAUCGAUGUGUCAAGUUCGGUUCAUGUGAUCGAUGUAGAAGAUGGUUCAAGAGUAUUACAGAUUGAUUCUGACCAGCAGUUCUGCAUCAGUGCUGCCACUCAUCCUGCAACUUAUUUGAAUAAAAUUAUUGUCGGUUCCAAACUCGGCAAAUUACGUCUGUUGAACGUGAGGACUGGUAAAUUAGUGCACGAAUUCGAAAAGCAGUUUGAUGAUGAAAUAAGCGUGUUGCAACAAUCAACGGCCAUCGAUGUAUUGGCGGUGGGAUUGAAGAAUGGCAAAAUUCAUUUGCAUAACUUCAGAACUGAUGAAACGCUUCUCACAUUCACUCAAGACACUCCAGUAACAGCGAUUGCUUUCAGAAGUGACGGCGAAGAUUCAAUGGUGACAUCUGGUGAAAAUGGCAUGCUGGCGGUUUGGGAUCUGAAUGAACGCCGUCUCAUAGGACAGUUACCAAACGCACAUCAACAAUCCAUCACAGCAUUGUACCAUUUGAGUGGUGAACCUUUGAUGGUUUCGUCAGGUGCCGAUAAUACUUUAAAAACGUGGAUAUUCGAUAUGGGUGAUGGUAUGCCCAGACAAUUGGUUCUCUUAGAAGGGCAUUCAAUGCCAUUAACUGACUGUAAAUUCAAUGGUUCUCAUAGUGUUUUAUCAUCUGGCUUAGAUGGUUCCUUACGUGCCUUCUCAGUNAUACGCGAUACACAUCGUCAAAAGCUCGGCAAUGCGGGUAUCGUUUCAAGGGCAGUUGCAAAGAAGAAGAAAUUGGAUUUGAAAAGUAUCGAGAUGAAUGCAGCAUGUGAGAUGGCGAUUGGGGGCGCAAGGGAGGCUGCCUGGGAUAACGUUGUAUGCAGACAUAUCAAUAGUCCCAUCGUUACGUCUUGGUCAACACGUAAGCAAUCUCUUGGCAAGCACCGCUUGUUACAUAAACGUUUCAACGAGGAUCCGUCACUGUCGAUGGCCUAUGCGAGUGCGUUGUGUGUUAGUGGAUGUGGUAAUUUUGUGGUGAUUGGCUAUAGCACUGGUCAUAUUGAUGCGUUCAACAUUCAGAGUGGUUUGCAUCGUAAAACUUUCGUGGCGAAUCAAAAAACACAAACUGCACACUCAACUAUCGUCAAGGGUAUUGCGUUGGAUGCACUCAAUAAACAAAUGAUCUCGUGUGAAGAGAGUGGACUGGUUCGUUUUUGGAAUUUUACGAACUGUAAGUUAAUGGCUGAGCUACGAGUGCCCGCAGCAAUAAGAUGCUUCAAAAUGAGUGCAUCAAAUUCACUGUUGGCAUUGGCGGUCGAGGACAAUUCGAUUGGAAUUAUUGAUGCGUUGUGCAGACGAACGGCCAGAAUUAUGAGAAGCGCGCAUCGUGCUCAUAUCACAUGCGUUGAGUUCACACAUGACGGGAAGUGGUUGCUGAGUGCCGAUAAAGAUGGCUUAUUGAAGAUAUGGGAUUUAGUGACGAAUUGUCUCAUCGAUGUGAUGCGAUGUACGAGCCAUUGUGUUUCGAUGAGUUUCUCACCAGCAGGCGAAUAUUUGGCGACUUGUCACGACGGACAAAAGGGAGUCUUCUUGUGGGCCAAUAAAGCACUCUUCACUGCGGGCAUUCAUAUUAAAGCGUUACCGAUCGACUUUGUACCUUCCGAAACGGUUGCAUUCCCUCUGACAAGGAGUGAUGUUGUGCAGGACGAUGAAGUCGUUGAAAUCGAAGAUGAACAGAUUUGUGACGAAGCUGCCGACAAAGAAUCAAAUACUAUCAACGAUCUUAUAACGUUGUCUGGAUUAGCGCCUCCUCGAUGGGCGAAUCUGCCGAAUUUGGAUGUGAUUCGUGAACGAAACAAACCAAUUGAACCGCCCAAAAAACCGAAAUCCGUACCGUUCUUCUUGCCAUCCACAUCGACUCUCGAAGGAUUCGAGUUCGAAAAAAUGGACAGCGCAGAAAACGAAGAAGAGGAAAGGCGAAAAACGAUUAUGGCAAAAAGAAGUCUUCUGGAAACAGAGACUGCAGUAGACACGAAGGUUUACGUAAGUUCAGUUUUUGGUGAUCUUGAAAGGAAUUGUUUUAAACGUCAUGCUCUUUCGUCUUUCCUUCGAAUGCUUUUAGCAGUUUUGCGAAGUGAACGUGAUUUCGAAUUGGUGCAGUCGUAUAUGGCAACUUUUUUGAAAAUUCAUCGAAAUGUUUUGUGGAGUGAUGAAACUGGCGAUGACUUGGAAAUAAGCAAGUUACUGGAAGAUCUGUUGAAUGAACAGAAACGAUUGUGGUCACCGUUAGACGCGCUGAUCGCCGACAACUCUGCAAUUAUUCAAUGGACCAAAUCCGCACUCAUUUGA